CCUGGUAGUUACUGAAUCAUUUAUGAUGGUUCAUUAAAAUAAUAUGCAAAUUUAAUCCUGGACCAUAAGCAAAUACUGAUUUUAAGAAGGUUUACUUUGUCUGGACAGCAAACAACAAUCAGCCAUACAAUUAUAUAUAUUUUUUAAUUGUACCAUUAUGAGAUUCCCAGAGAGUUGCCAGACAUGGGGAAGCUGGAGCUGCUGGAGUUUAACCUGGACGUGGACGAGCUACAGAGACUCCAAGAACUAGGAGAGCAGGAGGUCGCCAAGGUAAAAGAAGUGUAUCUUUAUUUUAUUUAUUUAUAUUGGGAGGCCAUUUUAAACAGAGUCAGUACAGACCCUACAUACCUCUUACAUUGGCAGUGCUCAAUUUCUACUAUUAUGUAUAAGUAAUUGUUCUGGAUAUUUCUAAUAACGCAUUCAUAAUUUAUUUAUUUAUUUAUUGCAUGAUGCUUAGCAAUAACUUUGUUGUGUAUGAAUUAUAUGAGGUGAGAGAGAAGAUUGAGCUGGAAAUUGUGGCAAGGGAAGUCCCUUUUUUGUGACCUUCGUUUAUAAGUUUCCACAGAAAGUCUCAUAACCAGAUCAUCCUGCUACAGGAUGUUAUUUACAAAGUGAAGACAGCUUUCAAUACAGAGUUUGAGGCUGUGUACAAACAGAAGGAGCAAGAGAUCAGCCGCAUAAGAGACAGGAACAAGCGCAUUGCAGAUAUUAUGAGUAAGCUGGAGCUGCAGGAGACCCUAUGGGAGCCCACACUGUCCGACAACGAGAGACCAGAGAGAGCUCUCACUGUCUCUGACUCUGAGAUCAAGGUUGAGAAAUACCUGACACCUGAGCAGAGGCAGAGAGAGGAGGAGCAGAGAAAGGAAGAGGAGCAGAGGCGGCUUAGAGAAAAGGAGGGCGAUAGCAGAGCGCGAGCUUUGGAUGAAAUGAUGGGUGGAAUUCUCAAGGUCAAAAAAGUGGACAUCCUGAAAAUGGAAGUGCCAGCACCAGAAUUUAUAGUUAAGCCUGAGCUCCAGUGGACGGAUGAGGAAAGAAGAAGCUACAAAGAAUAUGAAACACAAGUAAAGAAGCUCAGGGAAGAACAGACACUGUAUAGACAGGAAGAACUAAAGAUCGUCAAUCUGCUCCGUUCUAUAAUAAUUGAGGAAGAGAUGCUGGACAGAGAGGAAAAGCUGAUCUACGGACUAGAGGAGGCCAGAGCCGUUGAGAAUGAAAUAAGGAAGAGGUUGAAUAAUCAAAGAGAGGAUGUAGAGGCCUUUCGGGAGACGUAUGAUACAGCAGUCACAGAAGAUAAAGUAAGAUCACUGUCUGACAACUUUUGUCCUUUUGAAAGCUUCUUGACAGGAGAUUUUGCAAGUUUUGUGAUGUCCCAGGACACAUUGUUGACCAGCUCUACAAGCUUUACAAGCGCAGACCCAGCCUGCGAGUAGAGAGGUCGACAUUGUGCUCCAAUGUUAUGGUACAGCUCCUGUUAAAACAGGGCCAGGUUGAGGUGGAGAAUGAAGAUUUUGCUGCAGACUACUCAGACUCUUUGUUGCUACACCGUAAUGUUGUGGAAGACCUGAAUAGCACCAUCAGGGUAUUCAGACUAACUACAGUUACACUCUUCCUUUCUCUUUGCUGCUUAUGUAUACUGCCAUGUCAUUUCUUGAGAACCUAAACAGAACUGUAGUGUGAUACAAGGUGCAAAUAAUGUGGAACACUGAACUUCUC